AUGCUACAUCUCAGCAAAUUAUUUGUACUCCUAUUAUCAUCAUCCAAAUCAUCAUCAUCAUCAUCCAAAUCAUCAUCAUCAUCAUCAUCAUCCAAAGCAUCAUCAUCAUCAUCCAAAGCAUCAUCAUCCAAAUCAUCCAAAUCAUCAUCAUCAUCAUCCAAAGCAUCAUCAUCCAAAUCAUCCAAAUCAUCAUCAUCAUCAUCAUCCAAAGCAUCAUCAUCAUCAUCAUCAUCAUCCAAAUCAUCAUCAUCAUCAUCAUCAUCCAAAUCAUCAUCAUCAUCAUCAUCAUCAUCAUCAUCCAAAGCAUCAUCAUCCAAAUCAUCCAAAGCAUCAUCAUCAUCAUCAUCCAAAUCAUCAUCAUCAUCAUCAUCAUCAUCCAAAUCAUCCAAUCAUCAUCAUCAUCAUCAUCAUCAUCAUCCAAAGCAUCAUCAUCAUCAUCCAAAGCAUCAUCAUCAUCAUCCAGAGCAUCAUCAUCCAAAUCAUCCAAUCAUCAUCAUCAUCAUCAUCAUCAUCCAAAGCAUCAUCAUCAUCCAAAGCAUCAUCAUCAUCAUCCAAAGCAUCAUCAUCAUCAUCAUCAUCAAAGCAUCAUCAUCAUCAUCAUCAUCAUCGUCAUCAUCCAAAUCAUCAUCAUCGUCAUCAUCCAAAUCAUCAUCAUCAUCAUCAUCCAAAGCAUCAUCAUCAUCAUCCAAAGCAUCAUCAUCCAAAUCAUCAUCAUCAUCAUCAUCAUCCAAAGCAUCAUCAUCAUCAUCCAGAGCAUCAUCAUCCAAAUCAUCCAAAUCAUCAUCAUCAUCAUCAUCCAAAGCAUCAUCAUCAUCAUCAUCCAAAUCAUCCAAAUCAUCAUCAUCAUCAUCAUCCAAAGCAUCAUCAUCAUCAUCCAGAGCAUCAUCAUCCAAAUCAUCAUCAUCAUCAUCAUCAUCAUCCAAAGCAUCAUCAUCAUCCAAAGCAUCAUCAUCAUCAUCCAAAGCAUCAUCAUCCAAAUCAUCCAAAUCAUCAUCAUCAUCAUCAUCAUCGUCAUCAUCCAAAUCAUCAUCAUCGUCAUCAUCCAAAUCAUCAUCAUCAUCAUCAUCCAAAGCAUCAUCAUCAUCAUCCAAAGCAUCAUCAUCCAAAUCAUCAUCAUCAUCAUCAUCAUCCAAAGCAUCAUCAUCAUCAUCCAGAGCAUCAUCAUCCAAAUCAUCCAAAUCAUCAUCAUCAUCAUCAUCAUCCAAAGCAUCAUCAUCCAAAUCAUCCAAAUCAUCAUCAUCAUCAUCAUCAUCAUCAUCAUCCAAAGCAUCAUCAUCAUCAUCCAAAGCAUCAUCAUCCAAAUCAUCCAAAGCAUCAUCAUCAUCAUCAUCCAAAUCAUCCAAAUCAUCAUCAUCAUCAUCAUCAUCAUCAUCAUCCAAAGCAUCAUCAUCCAAAUCAUCCAAAUCAUCAUCAUCAUCAUCAUCAUCAUCAUCAUCAUCCAAAGCAUCAUCAUCCAAAUCAUCCAAAUCAUCAUCAUCAUCAUCAUCAUCAUCAUCAUCAUCAUCAUCAUCAUCAUCAUCAUCCAAAGCAUCAUCAUCAUCAUCCAAAGCAUCAUCAUCCAAAUCAUCCAAAUCAUCAUCAUCAUCAUCAUCAUCCAAAGCAUCAUCAUCCAAAUCAUCCAAAUCAUCAUCAUCAUCAUCAUCAUCAUCAUCAUCAUCAUCAUCCAAAGCAUCAUCAUCCAAAUCAUCCAAAUCAUCAUCAUCAUCAUCAUUGUCAUCGCCGUCUCCCUCGUUUAGUCCGAACAGUUAAGCUGAUAAUAUUUUCGGACUGACAGACCAUUUAAAACUUAUAAUGAAUAAACUUUCUACUAUACCAUCAUUAUACAAGACAAUUAUCGAGAUCCUAACGAAUAAUAGUUAUUUUAUUUGAGUGACUUUCAUAGGUAGGAAAUACAAAUCAAGAAUCAUAGUGAAUCAAUCGGAUAAGUAAUUUUUAAACCAAAUAAAGAGGAUGAGGAUUUUUAAAUGUUGUUCUUCACUAUGUUCUUUAUUAUUAUGAUAAGUGUGGGAAAUUCAAAAAUGGUAACAUAAAAAUUUAUUUCAUCUUUUUGUGUCAAACAAACGCCGAUUUUCUAUCUGUGUGCUUGAUGGUGAAUUGUAUUCAAGAAGUACGAUUCUACAAAAGCAUAAAAUAAGAACGAGGGAGCUAGAAACCCUUAUCUUUGAGGAGUUCCAAGGAUAUUUAGAACAACUGUGGACAAGAGAUGAGACUCAAGUAUUGACCUAAAUAAAAGGAUUACUUUGAACAGUUUUAAAAUGAUGUAUAUUAAACUUUUUGAAAUCGCGCGAAAUCAUCACAAUUUACG